CUAGAAAACUUAAAUAAAUUACAGCUCUUGGCAAGGUAGAAACUGACACUUUCAUCAUUACAAUGAUCAAUUUAUCAGAACUGUUUUUCUUUCUCUUGGUCUUUAAGUGUUAAAUCCUACGUGCACAUUAUACUUUCAUGAGCUAAAAUGAUCCCACACUGGCGCUCCUCGUCGGGCCCGUCCACACCAGGUCUGCUGUGUGCAAACUGUGGAACAGCACUGCAGCCGGUUAAUGACUUCUAUCAGAGUGUCCCUCGCAGGUCUGGUCACUGAGAGAGAUUACUAAGUUGAUAUUAAAACCACAAGGAAAGAAAUUUAGCAUUUGGACAGUUCUGCCAAUUUUUUUUUUUUUCAUGGGCAAUCUCACCAAAAUAUUUCACCUGUUCAUUCACCUGAAGAGGUGAGCGUGCAUGUUAACAUGACUGAUCUGUGGACAGUAAAAGCAGCAAUGGUUAUGUGCAAGUCUGCAGCUUGCAGGGCCAUAGAAAUGCCUCUAAGGGUCUUAUUGAAGAACUAAUUACCUUAAUAAAAUAAGAGGAGUCUCUCAGACUGUUAAAGGGUCUGUUCAGUAAAAACCACAGUGCAUUAUUGGACUGGGUUUGUUCUCCCUCCCUGUUACUGACCUCCACAGUGUCACAGAGUAAUCUGGUUAGUGUGUGUGUACCACCUGAUCCCACUAACCCCGCCUCGCUCCUCCCCCUGCUCUGACGAGGAGGGCAGCCAUCGCGCUGCUCAGUGUGGAAGACCUGUGACCGCUUUAAGUCGUGUUGUGAUGCUGCAGUGAUGGAAACACUGUUUCAGUUGGUUGUGUUUGUGUUCCAGGGAGCCAGAGUUGUUGUCUCCCGCUCCUUCGCUGACUUCACACCCCAGGCGACCUUUGACAUCAAGAAAUGCGACCUGCACCGCCUGGAGGAGGGCCCCCCGGUGAGGGCGGAGCUGACGAGGGAGCAGGGCCUGCAGUAUUACCGCACCAUGCAGACGGUGAGGCGCAUGGAGCUGAAAGCUGACCAGCUCUACAAGCAGAAGAUCAUCAGAGGCUUCUGUCACCUGUACGACGGACAGGAAGCGUGUGCUGCAGGCAUCGAGGCCGCCAUCAACCCCUCGGACCACCUGAUCACUGCGUACCGCGCCCACGGGUACACGUACACCCGCGGCGUCUCUGUUAAAGAGAUCCUCGCCGAGCUCACGGGUCGUAGAGGGGGCGUGGCCAAAGGGAAAGGGGGCUCGAUGCACAUGUACGCGCCACAUUUCUAUGGAGGCAACGGCAUCGUGGGCGCACAGGUACCUUUGGGAGCCGGCAUCGCUCUCGCCUGCCAGUACCAAGGCAACAACCAGGUGUGCGUUACGCUCUAUGGAGACGGAGCAGCCAAUCAGGGCCAGCUCUUUGAGUCUUACAACAUGGCCGCUCUGUGGAAGCUGCCGUGCAUCUUCAUCUGCGAGAACAACAAGUACGGCAUGGGGACGUCGGUGGAGAGAGCUGCAGCCAGCACCGACUACUACAAGAGGGGAGACUUCAUACCUGGACUCAGAGUGGAUGGGAUGGAUGUCCUGUGCGUCAGAGAGGCCGCACAGUUUGCUGCAGAUCACUGCAGAGCUGGAAAGGGUCCCAUCAUAAUGGAGCUGCAGACCUACCGUUACCAUGGACACAGCAUGAGUGACCCAGGUGUCAGCUACCGUACCCGCGAGGAGAUUCAGGAGGUCCGCAGUAAGAGCGACCCCAUCUCCAUGCUGAAGGAGCGCAUGCUCAGCCACAACAUGGCGUCCGUAGAGGAGUUCAAGGAAAUCGACAUCGAGAUCCGUAAGCAGGUGGAGGAGGCGACUCAGUUCGCCACCUCGGACCCGGAGCCGCCGCUGGAAGAGUUAUGCAACCACAUCUUCUCCAACAACCCGCUGCUGGAGGUGCGCGGGACAAACCCCUGGUCCAAGCUCAAGUCUGUCAGCUAGACUCAGACCACACACUCAACCUCUGUCCCUCACACAUUCAGCACCUUCCUUUAGGACUUUGAGGUUUUUCCUUGAAACCUGUCAGUGUUAUUUAUUUAUAGUUUACUGUAUGACUGAGAUAUUAUUUGUGUUGGAGCCAGAGGUGUUGGACAGGACAAACAUGCUGCACUGUAAACGCACAAAUCCCAACAUCUGACAUGGAAACGUGUCCGUUAGAAACCUUCUCCAUGUUUAUCCUGCAUUUUAAACCCUUAGGAGAUUUUUAAAUGUUCCAAGCUUGUGUAGAUAUUCCCUCAGAAGUGUGACUUUAAACUUGGGAAAUGCAAAUGUGAUGGAUCGUUCUGGUGGUAAAUGUGUUUUUAAUGAGGAGUCGCAGCCGAAGCUUCAUUCCAGAGCAGUCCUCAUCUGAACCAGGUUCAGUGUCCAGGAUAAGGACACAAUAUCAGUGUAUGUAACCAUAAAAUGGCUCUAAAAAUGUGUUUAUAAGCUGAGGAUGAAAGCAAGACUUUAGUCUCUAAAUGCUUUAGAGCCUCUCACUAUCUGCACACUGAGGUCUGCAGGAUCUUUUAGGAAUGGGUUUUUGUUUUUGGGGUUUUGUUUUUUCCAACCAAACAGUAAAAUGACCUUUUCUGCCCCUUUUAAAAGAUGAAUAAAUAAAAAUAAUAAUAAUCGAGCUGCUUGACUCGACUACUGACGAGACAAACAUCUGGACUUGUGUGGGGAAACUGAAGCUGGCAGCUGGAUGCACUACAUUUGAGACUUUCUGGGCACUUUAUGAAUUUAAAGGAGUCUGUUAUGAGAUCUUUCCUCUGUGUUCUUUAAAGUUUACUGUAUCUGAGCCUGUACAGAUAUAAAGCUUUAUUUACCUGUCUGAAUGGUAGAAACUGAAGGUUGUGAAAUAAAACAACUUUAAAGCAAA